AUGAAAGAUUCCGAAAUCCGUUUGGUCCAGGACACUUUCAACAAAGUCGAGCCCAUCGCCGACACUGCGGCCGAACUCUUUUAUGAUCGGCUGUUCCAACUGGACGGCGACCUGAAGCCCCUCUUCCACUCGGACCUGCAGCAACAGGGGCGGCUGCUCAUGAAAAUGGUCGCCACCGCCGUGGACCAUCUCUCCGAUCUGGACACUCUCGUGCCCGUCGUUCAAAGGCUGGGCGCGCGGCACAAGGUUUACGGCGUCGAGCCUUCCCAUUACGACACGGUGGGCCAGGCGUUGCUGUGGACCCUGGAGCAGGGCCUCGGCGAGCAUUUCACCCCCGAUGUUGCCUCGGCCUGGGCCAAUACCUAUGGGCUGCUCUCGGGCGUGAUGAUGGAAGCGGCCGGCUACGAAGAAACCUUCGCGCCUGAGGCUGAACUCAGCGUCACCUGA